AGAUAAUCCACGUGAUCAUCAAAAUUUCACUGAAAAUUGGAUGGAAUGGGAGAAAGCGAUGGUGUUAUGUGUCAAGAUGAAGGAGGAACACUGUUCGACCCGCAGGAUCCCGCAGUUUCUGGCCUCAUCGAUGCUCUCGAGCAAUUUCAGAGCUUUUACACAUAUUUCCAUAGAUACGCCUGUCUUUUUAUAUGUAUUGUUGGCGUUUUCAGCAAUGCGAUUCAUAUUGCGGUACUAUCUCGUCCCCGAAUGCGAAGAUGUGCUGUGAACAGUGUGCUCACCGCCGUAGCCUUUUGUGACGUCAUCACCAUGACGUCAUACAGUAUUUAUUUGAUGCGAUUUCGAUUUUAUGAGACCGACCAUGGCUACAGCUACAUUUGGCUGGUAUUUCUGAAAUUUCACGUGUGGUCCUCGAUGACAUUACAUGCUAUUACGCUUUAUAUGGGUGGUGCAUUGGCAUUUAUACGGUGGCAAGCACUAGGAAAUAUUCACAGCAAAUGGCUGCAGCCAAGGAAUUCUUGGCAACUAUUCGGCGUUGUUAGCGUUGUGUUAUCAAUUGUCUGCCUCCCUACACUUGUUCUACACAAAAUAUAUGAAAUAGAGAGUCCGGAAAUCGAGACCUCAACCGUUUCCGAAGUUUUGAGGCUUUCCGGUCAGAGUAUACCAAAAGAAGUUCGAUAUAGUUUGAAUUUUUCUACGUAUUCGUGCGCGUUUUUCAAGUUUAACUUGUGGAUGUUGGCGAUUGUGUUGAAGGCAAUCCCCUGCGCACUUCUCCUCUGGUUUACCAUUGCUCUGGUGGUAAAACUCCGUCAAACAGAUGAGAAACGAAAUUAUUUAUACUCGAAAAGCUUCCGAAAACACGUCAAGAAAACUACAGUACCCGACCGUACCACCUAUAUGCUCAUCAUUAUGCUUGUGGUUUUUUUGGUGACAGAGCUUCCGCAGGGGUUUUUGGCACUUCUGAAUGGCCUGUACACAGGAGAUGUUAAUAUUUAUAUUUAUAAGAAUUUAUCCGAAUUGUUGGAUUUUCUAUCGCUGAUUAAUUGCAGCGUGGAUUUCCUGCUCUAUUGUGUGAUGAGCUCCCGGUACCGUCAAACAUUCGGUCAUAUGCUGAUACGUGUCGAAUCGUGGCUUCGCAAUCACGGAGAACGUCGUCGACUUGCGCGGGAAAUCAAAAAGAAAUUGCCGGCGCCCGUUGGGGUCUAACACUUGCCUAUUAUUGAAUUCAUACGGGUUUUUAUCUGAAUUAAGACUACGGGUUGUGAAUUUAAUUCAAUAUUGAAUAAAAAGUUUCGAUUU